AUAGGUUAUCCUCUUCAUGCACCUGAAGCCUACUUUCCCUAUUUCAAGAAACAUAAUGUCACAUCAAUCAUAAGACUAAACAAAAAAAUUUAUGAGGCAAAACGCUUUACUGAUGCUGGUUUUGAGCAUUAUGACCUGUUCUUCAUAGAUGGAAGCACACCAAGCGAUAGUAUAGUUCAGAGGUUCCUGAACAUCUCUGAAAAUGCUGAUGGUGCUAUUGCUGUACAUUGUAAAGCUGGCCUGGGGAGAACAGGAACACUGAUUGCCUGUUAUAUAAUGAAACACUACAAGUUCACACAUGCUGAAGCCAUUGCUUGGAUAAGAAUAUGUCGACCAGGCUCUAUUAUAGGACCCCAGCAACACUUCUUGGAAGAGAAGCAAGCAAUGUUAUGGCUGGAGGGAGAUCUCAUCCGAUCAAAGCAGAAACAACGAGUAGUUGAUGGAAACAUUAACAGAGUUCUUUGUGGCUUGAAUGACAUUUCAAUCAGUGAGAGCUUGAAUAAAAUACAAGACUUGGAUCAAUACAGGGAGAACGAUUUUGAAGACAAAGCAGAUGUGGAAACUCAGAAUGGCAUGACACAGGGAGAUAAACUUAAUGCCUUAAAAAGUCGGAGACGGCCAUGUUCUGCUACAACUGGAGCUCUGAGGCUGCAAGACGUGAAACUGCACACCCGGUCAAUAUCACAACCUUUCAGACUGAAUACUUCAGGUAGCACAGAAGGAUCCAUGUCUCCUCUGAAGGCCUCCAAAGUGAUGGCAGUUAAUUCACCAUCUGCAGAAAGAAUAAGCAGAAUUCCCACAUCCUCAGGCUCUAACCUUAAAAGCGUUUCCAUAAACUCCAGACUAGCCAGUUCUCUAGGGAACCUGUAUGCUGCUUCAGAUGAUGAUGAGAGCAAAAUGACAUCAUCGUCCUCUAGGACAGGUUUUUCUGUAAGCCAAAUCUCCAGCCACUUGAAUGGCAGCUUGCAGCUGCCUCACAGAAAUAACCAUGAACUGAACAACAACUUAUACAACAGAAACAGCAGUAGUGGCAACAACCUGAGCAGCCAAACCAGUUUUCACAGCGUCGUGACAGAUGACUAUGCUCAACCUUCCUUUAUGGGCCUUACAACUCCUCCAGCACGAUACCAGAGUCAAUCAAUUCCUUCCCUUCAGUCUGAGUAUGUUCAGUACUAA